UUUUCACACUACAAAUUGAAAAAAAAGUAGUAAUCACUUUCUUUUUGUUCACUUUUUUCCGCUUCAUCUCCUCACUGUCCUCUGUGUACUCUCUAUAUACUCAGUAGCUUCACAAACCCAUUUCGCAGUGAAAGAAGUUCUUAAAGAAAAGAUGGCAGAGGGAAGAGGUUCCACUCUUGUCCACCUUUUAGUGGUUGCUUUGUGCUUAGUCGCAUUUGGGUUCGCCAUUGCCGCCGAGAGAAGAAGAAGUGUUGGAACCAUUGUCACAACUGCAGUAAAAAAUGAGACAUAUUGUGUCUACAAUUCAGAUGUUGCAACAGGUUAUGGAGUGGGCGCUUUCCUGUUUCUUCUUUCAAGUGAAUCACUACUUAUGAGUGUCACAAAGUGCAUGUGCUUUGGGAGGCCUUUAACACCUGGUGGAAAUCGAGCCUGGUCCAUUAUAUAUUUUCUCUCUUCUUGGGCCACUUUUCUGGUAGCAGAAUCAUGCUUAAUAGCUGGUGCAACAAAGAAUGCCUAUCACACCAAAUACCGGGGAAUGAUUUAUGCCCAGAACUUCUCCUGUGAAAGUUUGAGGAAAGGUAUCUUCAUUACCGGAGCAGUUUUCAUCGUUGCGACCAUGAUUCUUAAUGUAUACUUCUACAUGUACUUCACAAAGGCAACCACUACUCCACUUUCUCAGAAGGCCAACCGGGUUAGUUCCACCGUUGGAAUGACUGGAUAUGCAUGAUGGAUCAUGGAUGAAUCAUGAAAGGGGCAAACAAAUUUUGAGUGUUCGUUUCAAUGACUGUCUCUUUGAUUUUCUCUACUUUUUAAAACAGUGGUUUUGACUUUGUUUUUGCUUGGUUAACCGGUGUCUAUAAUGUCCUGGUGGAUGAUACUGCUUAAAGGAAGUUUUUAUACUACUAAUAUCAAAGUUUAGGUGAAGAGGAUAUAUUAAGCUAAAUUUGUGGAAGCAUGUGUCGCAUGUAAUCAGGUUUCAGAGAAACAUGACAUUGAAAGUGUAAAAUACUUUUAGGGUCUUCUUUUAUAUUGUUAUCAAAUCCGACAAAAGUGGUCGUGAAGUUUCGUGGAUAAAAAUUAACGAGGCAUUCUGCGCCACCGGGAAGAACGUCAAAAAAA